GAUAACAACAAGUUUUAUUCUGUUGGUUCCACAGUUUUUAGUUAUGCACUUAUGUGAUGUAAGCCGAAUUGCUCUGGGGGAUCAUAUAAUAUAUUUUAAGAGUAAAAAGUGAAAACGACUGAUAAUUCUUAAAGGAUACAAAAAAACUAAUCGCCCACCUAUAAUUUUACAAUAGAAUUCCUUGUCUAACAACUUGAUCGAAAUGCCUGACGAAAAUGAAAUGUUAAGAGAAAAUCUAGAAGCUCAAUUGGAACGUUUAGUCCAACAACUCAGUGAUUUAGAGGAGUGCAGAAGUGAUAUGGCCGACGAUGAAUAUAACGAAUCAAAAGAAGAUACUGUUGAACAACUAAAAGAAUUUAAUGAUAGAUUGAGUAAAAUUACUGCUGGUGACAUGACUAUACAUGACAAUUUGAGCAUAAUGCGUUUGGCAACUAGUGCAGCCAUAACAAAAGCAUUUCAAACACCGUCCAUAAUCAAAAUGUUUGCUAAGAAUGAACCAAAUGCACUCAAAGACAAACGUAAUCAAAUUGAAAGAGAUAUGAAAUUGGGUAAAUUGAGCUUGGAGAUUGGAAAUCGACAAAAGCUUGAAGUAUUAACUGCGUUGAGACAUCUUGGUUGUGAGCUAACAGUUACUGAUAAAAUGUUUAUUCAAGAGGAAACAAGCAAACUUCAAAACAGUAUGGCAUCAAAUGGUUUUAAUAUAACAGACUCUUUAAAUGGAUUUGAUUUCAAUAUGUUUUUGAAAUUGGAUGACACUACCACGUAAAUUUGGCUUAUAUUUUAAUGUUUAUAUUUGUAUAAGACCAACCACUAACCAGUAUGGUAAUGAAUAGUAUUUUUUAUGUGAUGAAUUAUUUAUUCACUCAGUGGUAAUUGACAUGGACCAAACGUUAACUGUAUUAUUAUAUAAGACUUGUAUUUUAUGUACUAAUACGUGUUUCUUGUAAUUAUUUGUGAAUUGUGUUAAA